CCGCUAUGGCCGCCCUGCGGAGGCUGCUGUGGCCGCCGCCUCGGCUCCCGCCUCCGCCCUCCCCUCACCCUCCGUUCCCUGGGCCGUGGGGGCGGCCUGCAGGGACAGCCGCGGGCCCUCCUGGCCGGCCCUUCUCCUGCAGGGAGGAGGAGGAGGGGGCUGUGGCGGAGGCAGCCUGGAGGCGGCGGCGGCGCUGGGGGGAGCUGAGCAUCGCGGCGGCGGCCGGCGGGGGGCUGGUCGGCCUCGUGUGCUACCAGCUGUAUGGGGACCCCAGGGCCGACUCCGCGCGGGGGCCGGCCCCCGGGCACCCCUCGGAGAGCGCGGCCGCAGAGCCCGAGGAGCCGCCGCGCGGCCGGGGGCUGCUUCCCAUCCCCGUCGCGGCUGCCAAGGAGACGGUUGCUGUUGGCAGAACAGACGUUGAAGACUUAGACCUCUAUGCUACGUCUCGGGAAAAGCGAUUUCGUUUGUUUGCUUCUAUAGAAUGUGAAGGGCAGUUAUUCAUGACUCCAUAUGAUUUUAUUUUGGCUGUUACAACAGAUGAGCCCAAAUUUGCUAAAACAUGGAAGUCACUUUCCAAACAGGAAUUAAAUCAGAUGCUCUCAGAAACACCACCAGUUUGGAAAGGAUCAUCAAAGCUAUUUCGCAGUCUUAAAGAAAGAGGUGUGAUUUCUUAUACAGAAUAUCUUUUUCUUUUAUGUAUUUUAACAAAGCCACAUGCAGGUUUUAGAAUAGCUUUCAACAUGUUUGACACUGAUGGCAAUGAGAUGGUGGAUAAAAAAGAGUUUUUGGUGCUUCAAGAGAUAUUCAGGAAAAAAAAUGAAAAGAGAGAAACUAAAGGAGAUGAAGAAAAGCGUGCAAUGCUGCGUGUUCAACUUUAUGGAUACCAUUCUCCUACUAAUAGUGUACUUAAAACAGAUGCUGAGGAACUUGUCUCCAGAAGCUAUUGGGAUACACUGAGACGUAAUACGAGCCAAGCACUCUUUUCAGACCUCGCAGAGCGUGCUGAUGACAUUACAAGUUUAGUAACAGAUACUACACUUCUCGUACACUUUUUUGGAAAGAAAGGAAAAGCUGAGCUCAACUUUGAAGAUUUUUAUAGAUUCAUGGAUAACCUCCAAACGGAAGUUCUAGAAAUAGAAUUCCUUUCCUACUCGAAUGGGAUGAAUACUAUCAGUGAAGAAGAUUUUGCUCAUAUUCUUUUACGAUAUACAAAUGUGGAAAACACAUCAAUAUUCUUGGAAAAUGUGCGUUACAGUAUACCUGAAGAAAAGGGCAUCACAUUUGAUGAAUUCAGGUCUUUUUUCCAGUUUUUGAACAACCUAGAAGACUUUGCCAUCGCCUUGAACAUGUAUAAUUUUGCAAGUCGUUCUAUAGGGCAAGAUGAAUUUAAGCGUGCCGUCUAUGUAGCUACUGGCCUCAAACUUUCACCACAUUUAGUGAACACAGUCUUCAAGAUUUUUGACGUUGACAAAGAUGAUCAAUUAAGUUAUAAAGAAUUUAUUGGAAUUAUGAAAGACAGACUCCAUAGAGGAUUCCGGGGUUAUAAAACUGUUCAGAAGUAUCCCACUUUCAAAUCCUGUCUGAAGAAGGAACUUCAUAGCAGAUAAGUACUUCUAAAGCAAAGUUUAAAGGAUGAUUAUCCACGUGACAAAUGCAAGAAGCAAAAUUUUCAGAGUGGAAGGAGGUCUGAGAUCAGAACAUGUAGAAAUGAAGGAAAAGGUGAAACGCUAAUUAUAAUUUUUUCUUGAACUGAAUUCUUGAACAUAAAACAAUUAAGUGUAUCUUCACUAACUACAAAUGUUAUGUGCUAUCAAGUUGAGCUUUUGCCUUGAUUUACUGAACUCUCUGCACUUUUUCAUUCCCUUCAGAAGUAUAUAGAUACUUCCAAUGACUAUGUCAGAAUGUAUUUUAAAUAUUUUUUUUAAUUUAUUAGAAAUUUGCCUCAUUUCAAAAUAAUGUAUGACUCAUGGAAUCUAGGUCACUUAAAAAUGAACAACAACAUAUUUUCUUUGAUUUUGGACUGUGAACUUACUUUCAGAAAAUGAAUGUUCCUUGAGAUUUAUCUUAGGGCCCUUAGAAUUGUUAAAAAGUCCUCAUUAUUUACCAGGUUUUUAAUUACUUAGAAGUAAUUUUGGAAAACAAAUAGAAAUGAAGCUACUGUAUAAUUUGACGGUUUACAUUGUGCUUUUAACUUUUAAAAGUACUUAACAUAUAUUGUUUCAAUCAUAUAAAGUUUUUUAAAAGUUUUUGUUUAGUUACCAAAGUCAACAGAAUGUCUGUUAUUCUUUUAUGUA